CGUCGGGUCGAAUCAGUCCCGUCUCUUCUCUCGUCGCUUCUGCUGCACUCUCGCUGAUAACGUCCGGCCGCUUCUACUGCGCAAUAGUCGUCCAUCCCUACCACUCGUCGUCGCUGUGUCGCAAAGGAUAGCUCCAGAGAGAAGCAACAGCAGCAGCAGCAGCAGCAGCAGCAGCAGCAGCGAAAUGGAGGCGACAUACUCCUAGCAGUAGCUCACUAGCGCCUGAAUUUUUGGGCACCCGGUUCCAUCCCUAGAACAGAGUCGAGAGUGUAGUUGGAGACGUUGUAGAGCAGACUGCGAUAGACAGUAGUGUGAAGGAAAAGCGCGCAGCCGAGAUAAAGAGAGCAGAGAGAGUUUCGUGCGUGUGAGCGUGAAACGGUCAAAGUGUGCGCGAUCGCGUCAACGGCGAGUGCGAGCGGUCGAUCGUCUUUCGUUGAAGUCGAAGACAGUGCAACAAUAGCUAAACUAGUUGAUCAACGCCGGCCCAGUUAUGUUUUCCAUCGAGUACAGCAAGCAGUUCCUGAGCUACCGCAUACUCAAGUCCAACCGGUUCAAGUACAUCUGACGAUACGGACUCGGACCAAGUGCUCUUACUCAUUAACAUAGUGCGCGCCCAGCGUGUGCCUGACCGCCCGGAGUCGAGCGGAGCUCAGGAAAAUACAAAUACCCAAAACGUAUACAUAUACGCGACUUCGCCCUCGCGAACCACGCUCCCCCGGAGAGACCUGGAACGUCUGCUCCUUACCCCGUACCCCCUUUGAAAUAAAUACGCGCACACACAGCCACGCGAGGAAGAUCUGCGCGAGAGUUUUUGAUUGUUGAGAGAAAGAGAGAUUGAGUGAACAAAAAAUUCAUCAUGAUCGUUUACGUGCCCGGCAGAAUGCCAAGACACCUGGGCGCUGCGUACGGCGCGGCGCGUCUCGGCUACCAGCAGCAGCCGUCGUCGCCGAGCAACUACUACCACCUGUUGCCGGCCUCACCACCGGCCUCGCCCCCGAGUCCGGGCUACCUCUACCAGCCGCUGCAGCAGCAGCCGCUGAUCUCUACCUGGCCCAGAACCAUGCCCCAGGACGAGGAGAUGCUCAUGGCCUCGAGCCAGCACCACGUCGGCUCGGCCAUAGUCGUUAACGGGCCGCCCAGUCCGGCCCACAGCGACUCCGACGCCUCCAGCUCGAGCCUCGAGCUCGGCUCCGUCAGAGGGGGAAAGCACGCUCAGCUCAUGUGCAGGUGGCACAGUUGCGGCAGGUGGUUCCCGUCUCUGGAGAAACUCGCGGCGCACGUUUCCAAGCACCAUGCGGCGCCCGGCCCCAAAGGCCUUUUCUACUGCGGAUGGGAGGGCUGCCAGAGAGGCGAGCGCGGAUUCAACGCGAGGUACAAAAUGCUCGUGCACGUGCGCAUACACACAAAGGAGAAGCCUCACACCUGCUUCGAGUGCAACAAGAGCUUCAGUCGCGCGGAGAACUUGAAAAUCCACAACCGCUCUCACACCGGCGAGCGACCGUACGUCUGCCCGGUCGUCGGCUGCAACAAGGCCUACUCCAACUCGUCGGAUCGUUUCAAGCACACGCGCACCCACUCCGUCGACAAGCCCUACUGCUGCAAGGUUCCCGGCUGUCCCAAGAGGUACACCGACCCGUCCUCGCUGCGAAAACACGUCAAGACCUUCAGGCACUACGCCAACAACAACAACGACAAGCUCCAGGAGAACAGCGUCAACAGCUCCGCCAUCGUCAAGGAGGAGAUAGCGCCGAGCGCCAUGGAAACCGAUGCCUUCGAACUCAAGAGCAAGGGAUGCAACAGCUCCAAGUCCGAUUCCGACAAGAAAGACUCGAGCAUCGAGAGCAACACCACCAGCACGUCCGUGUGCUCCAUCAGCAGCGACAGUCCGAAAGCCACCUCGUCGACGAGCUUCGAGGAGCAGCAAAAGUUCGUCGAGUGGAACAACAUGUACAACAACCUCCAAGAUCGCAAGGACCAUCACGACGCGCACGCGACCACCUCCUCCUCGUCAUCCCUCUCCCUGUCCUACGAGCACGACCUACACGCUGGCCGUUACAGUCGUUCGUCGCUCCACGACGAUUACAUCCUGCCCGACCGACACUACAACCUCCCGGCCCACGUGAAGCAGCCUCCGACUCCCUACCCCAUCGAGAUGAAGCACUGCCUGCCGGCUUCUCCCCCCGACCCCCUCAUGGCCACGACGCCCCGCAUCGGCAUGCAAUCAACUCCCAUCAAGAGCGAGGAUAAGGCGAGCGGCGUUGACUACCGCAACAUCGAGUCCAUCGUCAACGGCAGCACCAUCACGCCCCUCAAGCAAGAGCCCUACGUAGCCGGCAGCGACAUUGUCAGGAACUCGGUGAUCAAGCGCGCAGUGGCUCAGUCGCCACCGACCGUCGAGCAGGAACAGUCUAGCGCCAACAACAGCUCCUCCGAGUGCUGCUGCAAACACAAGUGCUGCAGGCACUCCGAGAAAGACAGCGUGAUCCUCGAGAAGACCAAGAUCCUCUCGGACCUCAUUCUUCACUCGGAGAAUCCUCUCUUCAAGCACCUGCUCGACUCCGUCGACCUGCAGUACGGCCUGAAGAAGAUGUGGUCAGGUAGUCAGCAGGCCGCCGAUCCCGAGGCGACCACCACCGCUGCCGCUGCCGCUAUCAACACCUGCGCCCAAGACCUCAGGGCCAAGGCGGCAGAGGGUUUGCCCGCCGAUAUGGAGCAGGACUUGCCACUCGACCUGACCAUCAACAAGUGACCGGGUGCACUAAAGCUUCCUGAUGCUUGACGAUGUUGACGAUGUUUGGCCCUCGACUGGGUUGUUGAUAGUCAUGUAUAAGGGGAUGACGGUUAUACAUGUGCAGGGCAGCGAUGAUGGCGGUCGUUGGCGUUGCUCCUUCUAAUUCGUUAUUUUGUUGUUAUGGUCGUCGGUGUAAUAUGGGAGAUGAUGGGCUGGAGUGGAGAGACCGCCGGAGCUGCGCCUGGACCUGCACAAAAAGCCAAAUAUUACAGUCUAGUGUGUACCACCUAUACCCUAAUGUCCGUUAACGAUAACGCUCGUUUCACACUAUUUUCUUAUAUACGCUAUUAUACCUUAUAUAUUGUUAUGAAAUGAAGUUUCUUGUCUGCCGGCUGCUGGCGUAGUCGAGCACGUUCUGUUGUACAUACGCUGGGCUGAAGAGAUGUCGAGAAAGCGAUUAGCGAGAGAAAGAGAGCGGGAGGCACUUUUCGAUCGACGCACCUGGGGAUAUAAAUAUAUAUAUAUAUUUUUUUUUUAUAUAUGUGUGUGCAUUCUGAACAAAAUACUCGUUGAUUGAUCGAUAUACACGGAAAAUUGGAGAGAAACAAAAAAAAUCUGUUAUCGCCGGUCGGAACUACCAAAUCGAAAUUGAAUCUUGAUUUGAUAGUUGCGUUUCCGGGCCCUAGUGCCUUCCUGCGCUAGAUUUGUUAUACUUGGGGAGAUAAAUCCACGAUUCUCCUGUUUUUUACUAAAAAGAAAAAAACGAGGGGCGCGACACUGAGACGAACGCGACAAACCUUUGUCUCAGUGCCGCACUUCGCGCGGGCGGAACUAUGUAUAUAGAGUCGUAUCUUUAUAUGAAAUAUUCGAUUUUUAAACGACCAUGUAAUGUGGAUAAGAAAAUACAAUGUGCCUUAUGGAAAAUCAAAUUAUAAACAAAACAUUUUGUUCAAUAAAAAAGCAUUAUUUAUACAUAUA